AUGCAAGAAUUCAACAACAGCCUGAAGGGCACAACAACAGGUAAGGACAUUUUUGAAGCUGUUUCAGAUGCAGUUGACAAGAUGAAACUUAAAUGGGACAAGCUGUGUGGAGUUACAACAGGUGGGGCUCCAGCUAUGACAGGCGAGCGCAAAGGAAUUGCCUCCAUGGUGUGCGCAAAGAUGCGAGAGAGUGGAGGUGAAGCUGUUAAAAUGCACUGUAUCAUCCACCAAGAAGCCCUCUGUGCCAAGACAGUCCAACUUGAAGAUGUGAUGAACACAGUUGUGAAAACUGUCAACAUAAUCCGAGCACGAGGGCUAUACCACAGAAAAUUUCAAGCUUUCCUAUCCGACGUAGAUGCUGAAUACGGAGACGUACUCUACCAUUCAGAAGUGCGCUGGCUCGGCCGCGGCUCCGUGCUGAAGCGGUUUUAUUCCCUGCGAUCUGAAAUCGACCAUUUCAUGAAAGAGAAGGACCGACCUCUUCAUGAACUGAGUGACCCUCUAUGGUUGGCAGACCUGGCCAACCUUUCUGCUGAAAAGGGCAAAUAUGUAUCUGUCAUAACAUCUCUCAAGGCAGAAUUCAGUAAGCGAUUCCAAGACGUCUCUGUCAUUGAGAAAGAAAUCGAGCUGUUCUCAACGCCCUUUCAUAUGGAUGCAGAAAAAGUGGAAGAGAGUCUGCAAUGA